CUGGGACUCCUUGAGCGAUACAUCACGAUUGGAUGGCAUGCCUGUUCUUUUUUCCGGGGCGACAAAGGAUUGAAACUUUUUCGGGACUUUCUGAUGGCGCUCAAGCAAGCGAUGACUCUCAUAUCUCCCUGUAGUAGCUCGUCAUAUUCAAACAUUUUUUUAACAUCGCAUAUCAAGACACGUCACGUGCUGCUCUGGACACGCCGACUCGUCGCGCGGCGGCCUGGCGCUACUGCCGUCCUCAUCCUCGACGCAGACUUACCUAGCGUUGGCUUCGUCGGAAUGGUGCAUCCCUGUCCCUCUUUGCAGCUCCACAUGUCAAUCACAGUACCAGGCCCAUGGAUAUCACCGAGGUUGCACCUCUUUUGUACCCAGGAACUGUGUUGUCGCGCCGCGCGAGCCACUGUUCACGACGCUUUUGCACCCCUCCCCGACCUGCUUGCGCCGUGGAUUUUCUUGGAAACCGCUCGAGGAGGAUCUAGUCAAAGACAUCAUCAUGAGAUACGCUCAUUUAAAAAGAAAGAAAACGCAUUCCGGUUCUCUCCGGAAUCCUGCGUUAUUUAGACGUAACUCUUAUCUGAUGCUCCGCAUAUUCGGCGAGUGCUCGACGAGGCCAGUU